UAGGAAGUGUAAAAAAAAGGCGAGGGGAGAUGAUCUACCUGAGGGAAUAAAAUUGUAAAGUAUAGCAUUUAUUCUAUAUGUAUAUACACUCUCGAGGGAGGGUUCGAACUUGAAAGUGAGCGAGGGGAGGGUCCCGUCAGAAUGGCUAGUAGUGAGUCAGUUCACGUACAGACUGCAUCGAGAACACCCGCUGUCUAAAUGACUCAAUAUUUAUGUCAUUGUAUUGUUUUUUUCUCACCCUUCAUUUUUUAUUAUUUUAUUAAUUAACAUAACAGUGACCAGUGUCAUGUGCUAUUACAUAAAAACAAAAUUUGAAAAUCAUUUCAAAUAACUUGUAAUGAUGUCGUACGAUUAUCCACAUCCGGUUUCAAGGACUUAUCAGUAUAAAAAGAUCACAAAGCCACUGCUGGAGAGAAAGAGACGAGCUCGAAUAAAUCGAUGUCUUGAAGAAUUAAAAGAUUUGAUGGUGGACGCCUUGGAGACCGAGGGUGAAAAUAUCAGCAAAUUAGAGAAGGCGGAUAUUUUAGAAUUGACUGUUCGUCAUUUACAAAGGCUUCAAACGUCAAGACCAUCGGGAUUGUCUACUUCAGCAUCCACCAAUGAAGAUACAUCUGCCGAAAGUAGAUGGCAAUCUGGAUUUGGUCAUUGUGCAGCUGAGGCUUGUAGAUUUUUGGCAUCGCUUCCCGGCGAAACAGCCGAUAAACUUUUUAAACAUCUCACCACUCUUUUGACACCAAAACCAAAUGAUGAACAGAACGUCUCAAAUGCAACUCUUGAUGUAUUGACAACGUUAAAAAGUUUGGAAAGAACCGCUAAUAUAAUUGCACCUUGUCAGUCGCCAAAUUCGUCAAGUGAAUCUGGAGCAUUGUGCAUUGAUGAAAAACGAAGAAUAUCAUCAAAUGGACCAAUUCAGCAGCAUCCUACAAAAUCCGAAACAAUAAAUAAUCGUUUGGAAAUUAAUAAAUCACCAUAUUCAAGACCACAAAUUGUAACAACAAAUAUUGAAAUUCAAUCUCGAAAUCAGUUGUUUAUAAAACGAGAAGAUGUGAAUUUAAUUGAGAACAAAAAUUCUGAUUUAAAAUUUAUUAAUCAUUAUUCGAGAAAUUUAGAAAAAUCUGAGAAAUCAGAAUCGAUUAUCGAUGAAGAGGAAGAGGAGGAGGAAAUUAUUGAUGUUGUUAGAAUUGAUGGUCCAUGUGAUCCAAUGUGGAGGCCUUGGUGUCACACAGGAAACUUUACAGAUGAUUUUUUCGGCAAUAUUUCAUUAUCCAAUUGCACAAAUCUCACAGAAAAUACAACUGCCACUUGUAGCAUUGGCUGCAUGAAACUCAAAAUUAAAGAUAACAAUCGACGCUUAACUACCUAUGAUUGUCACGACAAAAACAUUGAUAAGAAAUUAAAUGAAACAGCGAUAAUAAAAAAGAUAGUGUGCUACACGAAUUUUUGCAACGGAGAAAGAUAUUGGAAUAUUCCAAUUAUCAAAACAUCGUCAACAAAAAAUUAUGUUUCUGAAUUUUGGAUUUAUAUUUGUAUUAUAAUUUUAGUGAGUGUGAUGAUUCAUGUUUUUAAAUUUAUUUGUCGAUGUGGUGAACAAAAUUCAGGUCGAAUGAAAAAAAAUGUCAAUAGCCGAACGAAUUUGAUUGGCGUUGGUGUUUAGAAAGAAAAAGAAAAUAAAUGAAUAUACAUAGGAUAAA